UGUCUGGGAAACUGGUGUUCCAAUCUAAUUUGGCAGUUGCCAUAUUUCUAGAAGCAUUGGCUCAGAUGUUCAGUACCUUGAUUAUAGACAGAUGGAAAGAGAUCUGUCCAGGAUCUUCUCUAUGUAGCUAUGAACUACAGCCAUCGGAAUACACUACAGACCCAAGGGCCGCCAAGUUAUGUCCUAAAUAUCCUGUUCCGGAGAGUGCACCUAUUCCAUUCUUCCAUCGCUGUGCUCCUGUGAACAUUUCCUGCUAUGCCAAGUUUGCAGAGGCCCUGAUCACCUUUGUCAGUGACAGUAGUGUCUUACACAGGCUGAUUAGUGGAGUUAUGACCAGCAAAGAGAUUAUAAUGGGACUUUGCUUGUUAUCACUAGUGUUGUCCAUGAUUUUGAUGGUUAUAAUCAGGUACAUUUCAAGAGUACUUGUCUGGAUUUUAACAAUUCUUGUCAUUCUGGGAUCACUCGGUGGUACAGGAGUCCUGUGGUGGCUCUAUGCUAAGCAACGAAUAUCUGCCAAUGCUGUUGAGACUCAAAUAGCCAAAGAUAAUCUUCAGGCUCUCCUGAUCUAUGCCAUUUCAGCUACAGUCUUCACGGUCAUCUUGCUCUUGAUAAUGUUAAUUAUGCGCAAACGAGUAGCUCUCACCAUUGCCUUGUUCCAUGUGGCCGGCAAGGUCUUCAUUCACCUGCCGCUGCUAGUCUUCCAGCCAUUUUGGACAUUCUUUGUGCUUAUCCUCUUCUGGACAUACUGGAUCACAGUCCUGCUUUUCCUGGGGACUACAGGUAGUCCUGUCCCAAAUGAAGAAGGAUUUGUUGAGUUUCGGAUGGUAGGUCCUUUGAAAUACAUGUGGUGGUACCAUGUAGUGGGACUCAUCUGGAUCAGCGAGUUUAUUCUAGCCUGUCAGCAGAUGACAGUAGCAGGGGCUGUUGUGACAUACUAUUUUACAAGGGAGAAAAGGGAUCUGCCAUUUACUCCUAUUUUGGCAUCUGUUAAUCGCCUUGUUUGUUACCACCUAGGAACAGUAGCAAAAGGGUCUUUCAUUAUCACACUGGUGAAGAUACCACGAAUGAUUCUUAUGUAUAUUCAUACACAACUCAAAGGAAAAGAAAAUGCUUGUGCUCGCUGUAUGCUUAAAGCCUGCAUUUGCUGCCUUUGGUGUCUAGAAAAGUGCCUGACCUACUUAAAUCAGAAUGCAUAUACAGCCACAGCUAUCAACAGCACCAAUUUCUGCACCUCAGCAAAGGAUGCCUUUGUUAUUCUAGUGGAAAAUGCUUUGCGAGUGGCUGCCAUAAACACAGUUGGGGAUUUUAUGCUGUUUCUAGGAAAGGUCCUGAUUGUCUGCAGUACAGGUUUGGCUGGGAUUAUGUUGCUGAAUUACCAGCGAGAUUACACCAUCUGGGUGCUGCCACUCAUCAUUGUCUGCCUCUUUGCAUUCCUGGUUGCUCACUGCUUCCUUUCUAUUUAUGAAAUGGUUGUUGAUGUCCUUUUCUUAUGUUUUGCCAUCGAUACAAAAUACAAUGAUGGGAGCCCUGGGAAGGAAUUCUACAUGGAUAAAGUUCUCAUGGUUGGAAGCGAUGAGGUUGCGGAGAGAAGUACGAAAGCAAUUGAAAGGGACUUCAGGGCACUGGGGCGAUUGAUCAGAGGAUCAGGAGCACAG